CCCUGCUCUGGAGAAAGUGCUGAAGAAACUCACAGCUCCUCGCGCCACAUCAGGGCAACAACAGGGGGAAGAGUACUCAGCCAAAGUGCCAAAACUAGAGAAACUAAACUCUUCUUCUUCCAGGGAUUUACCACUUCACGUGCACAGGUUAUUUCACAUCCAAGCCCACCUCCUCCGGCAACUCCUGCUGCUGCCCAUCUACAGCAUGAAGCUCCGCGUCCUCUCCGCCGCCGCCGCCGUGCUCCUCCUGGCGCUCGUGGCCGCGCACGGCGCGCCGGAGCGCGAGAUGGGGAGCAGGCGCGCGCGCCCCGUGCUCGCCAGGCUCGGGGAGGAGUAUUUCAUCCGGGUAGGCAACAGGGAGCGCGACCUGGAGCCCCGGCGGUGGCUGAGGAGGGCAGUGCAGCUGCAGCUGGAGGGCAACGUGGGCGCAGAUAGCUACGAGCAGGCGCAGGAGCAGCUGCAGCAGCAGAGGCAGCAGAGGCCAGGUCUGCAGGAGCGCGAGGAGCGGCAGCAGGAGGAGGAGGAGCAGCGGCUGCAGGAGCAGCAGGAGGAAGAGGAGAAGCGGGCGAGGCGCUCCGAGGAGCCGCCGAUCUCCCUGGACCUCACCUUCCACCUCCUGCGGGAGGUGCUGGAGAUGGCCCGGGCCGAGCAGCUCGCGCAGCAAGCCCACAGCAACCGCAAGAUGAUGGAGAUCUUUGGGAAGUAGGACGCGCGAGCCGAGCGCCAGCUGCCAAAGAAACGUUUUUACGCCACAUCGCUGCUUUCACCAUCUCCCCAUCCAUUUAUACUACUACUGUACUUAAAUCCAUCCGUCUAGAGUCCAGUGAGAGAAAUAAAGAAAAAAAGAGGUGUGAAGGGGUUGUGAAAAAAGAAGAGAUAAAAAAGAAAAGAAAAAAAAGAAAAGAAAAGCAAACAAAGAUCCUCACUUUGGCAUUAUUGUUGUAUACGUGCUGAAUCAGAACUGUAGCAUAAAUGCAAUGAUGCAUUGGUUUUCUUUUAAAACAUACAAACACACACAUACACACACUGACACACAUUCAAAAAAAAGAAGAAGAUAUUUUCAGAGUACUGUACUGAAGUUAUGAAAGUGAUAUUUUAUCUGAUAGACUAUCCAGUUGCAUUGUACCUUCUACAGUACGUUGUUUCAGUUUGUUAAUAAACUACAAUGAGCAAGCAGUAAUUUUCUGUUGUGCAGGAGAAUGUCUUAUAUUUAUAUUUUUCAAUAAAACAUUAAAAGACA